AUGGCAUUCUACCGAAGCUCCGUUUUACUCCGCAAGGCCCUUAGCAGCUAUUGUAGCCGAAGAGCAGCUGUUUUCCCCUCCUACGGUUCACUUCCCUGCGACUGCGAUUCUUCCGAUCAUGACUGGAGGAGGAGAUCGUAUUCGAGUUCAGAAUCUGACAGUAAAGAUACAACCAUAUCAGCGGCGGGGUACCAUCUGAGUAACGGGCCAUCUUACAUGCGGGGUGCAGUGUUCUGGGAGCCAAAUAAGCCUCUUACUUUCGAAGACUUCCACAUGCCCCGCCCUAAGGCCAACGAAGUUCUCAUCAAAACUAAGGCAUGUGGAGUUUGCCACUCUGAUCUUCACGUAAUCAAAGGUGAACUUCCUUUUGCCAGCCCUUGUGUUGUGGGUCAUGAAAUUACUGGUGAGGUAAUUGAACAUGGGCCGCUCACUGACAGUAAAAUCAUCGAAAGACUUCCUGUUGGAUCUCGUGUUAUUGGAGCUUUCAUAAUGCCAUGUGGUAGCUGUUUCUUCUGCUCUAAGGGACAAGAUGACUUAUGUGAGUCCUUUUUUGCUUAUAAUCGAGCAAAAGGAACACUUUACGAUGGUGAAACAAGGCUAUUUCUCCGCAAUAAUGAUAAGCCAGUGUAUAUGUACAGCAUGGGAGGUCUCGCUGAGUUCUGUGUGGUACCUGCACAUGGAUUAGCAGUUCUACCCAACUCCUUGCCCUAUACGGAGUCUGCUAUUUUAGGUUGUGCAGUUUUUACUGCCUAUGGGGCCAUGGCUCAUGCUGCUGAGGUGCGUCCUGGUGAUGCCAUUGCCGUUAUUGGCAUUGGGGGUGUUGGCUCAAGUUGUCUGCAGAUAGCAAGAGCAUUUGGGGCUUCUGAGAUUAUUGCGGUAGAUGUUCAAGAUGAGAAACUUCAGAAAGCAAAAUUGUUUGGAGCCACUCAUGCUAUAAAUGCAAGAAAGGAUGACGUCGUUACAAAAAUUAAAGACAUAACAGGGGGAAGGGGUGUAGACAUUGCUGUUGAAGCCCUCGGAAGAGUGCAGACAUUUUCACAGUGUGUACAGAGUGUCCGAGAUGGAGGAAAAGCUGUAAUGAUUGGCCUUACACUCUCUGGUGCUAAAGGAGAGGUAGAUAUAAACCAUUUGGUUCGAAGACAGAUUAAAGUGAUUGGCUCAUAUGGAGGAAGGGCAAGGCAAGACCUUCCAAAGUUGAUCAAAUUGGCAGAAAGUGGCAUUUUUAAUCUUGAGGUAGCUGUUUCAGAAACACGAAAAUUCAAGGAGGCAGGGCAAGCAUACAAAGACCUUGAUCAAGGAAGUAUUGUUGGUCGUGCUGUAGUUGAGAUCAUGUAA